GAAGCCCUAGAAGAUAAGAUAAAAGCAAAAGGAAUUGCCAUAUUAAGUUACCGUAACACGUUUCUUUCUUUUGGUUUGUGAAAUACUGUCCUACAAGAAUGGCAUUUAAAUUGGUUGUUUUGGCGACAGUCCUCACUGUGACAUUGGCCUACCAAGACCUGACGCACAUUUGCGAUGGGUUCAAGAAUAUCAACUGCCAAACCAUGUACACACAGAAGGAAGACGACGAAACCGUCUGCGGAUCUGAUCGCGUGACCUACAGUAACUUUUGCGAGUACAGCCACGCCCGAUGCGCCGACCACAGCAUGGUUUUGUCGAACUUAGGGCCGUGUUUCACUAGCACAGCUCCAGCGCCAACCACGACAACUGUUAUGGAUCGUACAACCCCUAACGUAGUAACAGCGAAACCUACGACAGCGGCAAACACAAUGCCGGCAUCAACAACACCUAUGGUGACCACAACCACAACACCAGACCCCCUCCUCGUUGCCUUCUGUCAGUCCAAGAACUCCAUCACGUGCCCGCAGAAUCUGGAGCCAAUUUGUGGAUCAGACACGAAGUUCUACCUUAACCAGUGCGAGUUUUCCAAGGCCUAUUGUGAGAACAACUCCCUCACAUCCAAAGAUAUCAGCUUUUGUACCGGACAGUAGAAGAGUACAGCACUUUGACAGUGGGCAUUUUGUUUCAUUUCUGCAGUUUUGUGUAAAUGGUUAUGAAAAAACACAUUUCAAAGUUGAA